CGUCGGCAGGCGGGCCGGGGUCAACGCCCAGCAGUGGGGGGAGGGUGGAGUGGAAGGGGGCCUGCUUCUACGAGAACGAGGCGUGGUUGGAGUUCCAUAACAACAGCGGCUCCAAGUACGGCGGUGGCACGCUCCAUAUCAAGAUAUUCGCUAAUUUCGAAAAUUCGCCGUCCAGGGAUUUCCGGCCUUCAAACGGAUUUGUGACCCCUGCUCCGAACUUCAUCUCCACCUCCACACACAAAAGGAACCCAAACGGCCGACGGUAACUAUCUAACCCUAACCAGCCACCAUGAGAGCGUCCAAGCUCAAGCUCCUCGCUGCCCCCCUCCUCCUAGCCCUCCUCCUCUUCGCCGCCUCGCCCCGCCUCCUCCGGCAGCUCCUGGAGACGCCCCUCCGUGCCCCCGUCCUCCCGGGCGACCUCCUCCCGCUCCUGCCCUGGCCCGUGGCGCAGCCGCUGCUCCGCCGCCUCGCGCUGCGCAGCCCCGCUGACCUCCUCCCGGUCUUCGUCGCCGCCGCGCGCGCGCCGGGGGACGACGCCGGCGGCCGCGCCGCGGAGUGGAAGGGCGCCUGCUUCUACGAGAACCGGGCUUGGGUGGAGUUCAGCAACGGGACCGACGGCGGACUGGGAGGCGGCGUACUCCAUGUGGAGACAGCCAAAGCACACAGCUGGACUUGCAUAGAUCUCUAUGUAUUUGCAACACCGUACCGUGUUACAUGGGAUUACUACUUUUUGGGACGAGAUCACACCUUGGAUUUCACAGAAUGGGAAAGUGAGGUUGAGUAUGAAUAUGUGAAACAUAAUGGGGUAUCCAUUUUCCUCAUGCCAUCUGGAACAAUUGGAACGCUUCGAGCACUGUGGGAUGUUUUCCCUCUGUUCACAAAUACUGUAUGGGGUGAGAAUGCAAAUCUUGCUUUUCUCAAGAAGCAUAUGGGUGCUACCUUUGAGGAACGGCCAAAACCUUGGGUCUCGGAAUUAAAUACUGAUGACAUCCACUCUGGAGAUUUCUUGGUUUUAUCAAAAAUUCGUGGGCGCUGGGGUGGUUUCGAAACACUGGAGAAGUGGGUUACUGGAGCUUUUGCAGGCCAUACUGCGGUUUGCCUAAGGGACUCCGAUGGAAAGCUUUGGGUCGGAGAAUCUGGUCAUGAAAAUGAACAGGGAGAAGAUAUUAUUGCUAUCUUGCCCUGGGAGGAAUGGUGGGAGUUUGAAGUGACACAAGACGAUUCAAACCCUCAGAUUGCAUUGCUCCCUUUGCGUCCAGAUCUGCGAGCAAAAUUUAAUGAGACAGCAGCUUGGAUUUAUGCAAAAAGCAUGGAUGGGAAGCCUUACGGGUAUCACAACAUGAUCUUUAGCUGGAUCGAUACCAUAAGUGAUAACUAUCCACCACCAUUAGAUGCUCAUGCGGUUGCUUCUGUUAUGACUGUAUGGAACAAACUUCAACCAGAUUACGCUGGUAAUAUGUGGAAAGAAGCCCUUAACAAAAGGCUUGGAACUAAGGGCCUUGAUCUUCCUGAAAUCAUAGUGGAAUCAGAGAAACGUGGGAUGACAUUUGACAAGUUACUAACUAUUCCUGAAAAAGACAAGUGGGUCUAUGCUGAUGGUCAGUCAGCAUCUUGUGUGGCUUUCGUUCUUAUGAUGUACAAGGAGGCUGGGCUCUUUAACCCUAUUGCCAGCUCUGUCGAAGUAACUGAAUUCACAAUAAAAGAUGCUUACACCCUCAACUUUUUCGAGGACAACUCAACUCGACUUCCGGAGUGGUGCAACAAGGACGACAGUGUUAAGCUUCCCUUUUGCCAAAUCAAGGGCAGGUAUCGGAUGGAGCUGCCUGGAUACAACACCAUGAAGCCAUACCCCCACAUGAACGAAAGAUGCCCAUCCCUGCCUCCAGAUUACCAAAGGACGAAGGGCUGCUAACUAGAUAUGCUAUGUGGUUUUAUUCACGCUGUCCUGUAUCUACUACUUUAGCUGUACAUAAUGCUGUAGGUAUGGAAUGCUUUCCCUUGAGACACAUAGAUUGUAGGUAAAUUGUGUCGACUUCCUCGAACCAGGAAGACCAAUGAUUUGUACAGUACAUCUUAUAACUGAUGGCUCCAUAGUCACAGCUCUAGGGCCCGCAAAACAUUGCCAACAUUUUUAGCCACGUGGUGUAUAAUGUAUGCGCCAGAAAGCUGAUUACAAAUGGUUGAAAGGCCAUUUGGCAUC